AUGAGACAGGUAGCUAGACUGCCCAUGAGAGGUUUGACCAACAUCUCUGGAGACGUGAGCCAAGCACCCAACAUCGAGCAUUGCGGCAUACCCUUGCUGCGGGAGGCUUCUCGUCAGCAGUCACUGAGACAAAUGGCCGAGAUGGACAGGAGAGCCGAGAUCUCCGAGGCCUAUCACAACACUUCUCCACGAUCGCCCGACACCGCGUCGCCCAUUUAUCCCCUCCGAGCGAUCCGUCCUCUGCCGAAAAGUCGCUUAAAGUCCAAGCUAUCUCCAGAGCAAGCAUCGACUCUCGUAUUUCCUCCCGAUCCGCCGCCGAUUUCACCAACGCUUAGCUUUGGCGCACAAGAGAUGGGCACACCUGAUCAGCAGCCACGCCUGACCAACGGACACUCGAGCCAUCACCAUGAUCAUCACCACGACCACCAUGACCAUCAUCAUCCUUCGGCGCACAGCCUCUGUACAUGUGGAGAGGAGGGAGACAGUGGCGACGACGAAGUGGAAUUUGAUCAUCCUGACUAUCGAUACUCCACUGCACCUGGUGCAAACGGGGUUCCUGUGAAGCCAGCAGAUUCACUUCAGCGCAGACUGGUCGAAGCUUCGCGGUCCGCAAGUAAGCCGCCGCCUCCUGGCUCUACGGCUUCCUCUGCGGACGGGUAUGAAAGUUUCGAAAACACCAGCAACAAGAAGAAGCGGAAGAUACCUCUGUCUGCAACGUCGAGUAUGCACCAGAGUCAAUUGAGCGCGGAAAUGGCGAGCAUGGGAAUAAGCAAUGGGGUGGGAAGUGGCGGAUCAGACGAGAACAACCAUCACGCUCAACAGCAGCAGCAAGGCAGUCCGCAGGCCACAAGUGGGAGUUCUCCUGGGUCUGGAACCGGUAUCAGUGGUGCUGGUCGGGGCAGAUAUGGCCGACAGGAUGCGAGAAACCGGCGACCACUGGGCAGCAAUACGAUGAACGUCAUCAACGGCUACAACUCUCGCGCGCCGGCCCGUGAUGUCAAGGGUGGUGAAGACUCCGGUAUCGAGAACACGGGCGGGAUAAUCUCCCAAGCAAUCAAGACCGCCGCCGAACAAGGUCCCAUCACACCCGCAGGCAAAGGCAGAGAAAACCAAGCAACAGCGGCCGCAGCGUAUGCCACAGGCACGCCUUCCCAGCAGCGAGGCGGUCUGCCAGCCAAGGGUGCCAGCACUCAGACGACGCCGCCUCUCCGUGGCCAACAGACGCACAACGGCGGACGACCUCCGCCGCCUCCCGCUCACAAUGCACCAGCUGCAAAUCAACACCAACAAGCUCCACCGCCAAAGCCUCGACCUCGCCGAAGUCCGAGCAAGGAGUAUGCUUUGCAAGCUUCCACACGCAAGAAGAACCAACAGUACCAGAACUACCAUCACCCUCCCAAGCCCGAAGACAUGUGGAUAUGCGAGUUCUGCGAGUAUGAAGACAUCUAUGGUGCCCCGCCAUACGCCAUGAUUCGCAAGUACGAGAUCAAAGAUCGACAGGAGUACAAGAAGGCUGCGGAGAAGCGUCGUCUGCUUGAAAAGGCGAAGAUGAAGGGCAGGAAGAACAAGAAGGGAUCAGGCAAGGGAUCGAAGAAUAAUGCUGCUGCCACCAACGCCAACAAUACCAACUCUGGUAACGGCACUCACUUGCAGCAGGACUACGAUCCGAACGACCUACCACCUGACGGCGAAGAGUUCUACGAUGACGACGAGGACUAUGCGGACGAAUACGAACCUGUUGGCCCUGGUGAUCAUUAUUCAAACGACUAUCCACCUCCCGCUCCGGUCGGCACUCCUGUCGCUCCAGUUGGAGGAGGCAGUAGAGGGCAUGGGUAA